AUGCAGUCGUGUGUGACCGCAGCUGUGGGUCACACUGUAGGACGGGCACUCCGCCGAUGUGCAACCGUCUUACCGUUGCUGCCGUACACAACUGUACGCUACGCGUCUACGGUAUCACUGCCACCCGAGGCGCAGGCGCUCCGAGGCCCCGACGACUACCGUCACAGAGACGAGGGCUCUCUGUCGACCGAGGUGCGUGGGACAGUCGAGGAAAUGCCUGACCUAGACGAGAGCGAGUUUGAUGAGCUCGAGGCUGCGUCGCAGGAGCUCCACGACCUGUGCUAUGCAUUGAUUGCACACCUUCGUUGCGCAGACCCGGAGGCGAACGCGGUCCUGUUUGAGCGCCGCGUUAAGCGAGGCUUGCGUGAGUCGAAACCUGAGCAGUACCGUCGGCUUUUGCACGGCCACGGGGAUCGAAGUCUGCGGCGCCGCAACAACUAUCGCACCCAAGAGGAUUUCAAGGAGGCCCACCAGCUUUACCUGCAGUGGUGUGAUAAGCUGCUGCUGCUGCUGACCCAACCUGUGCUGGAUCGCCUUGUGAAGAGUGCCGGCAAGGGUCACCGUGACUUGCGAACUGACGGGGUUCACCGAUACCGCCAGCCGCUGGCGCGUGCCACCUGGCGUACGUUUCCUCAUCGCUGGUUUAAGCAUGCACCGUUCGAGGUGCAGCAGCUUCGCGCAGACAUGCCAGAGUCGGCGGUGUUAAAUACGCGCUUUUACCGUGACCAUGCGACACUCCGCUAUUUAUUUACCCUGAUGGAGCCACAGCACUUUUUUCGGGAUAAAAUUGAGCAGCGCAUGAUGGAAUUGACGCGUAGCUAUGACCCGUUGCUGAGGUCCACAGAGUAG